AUGGGCAUUCCUGACUAUAGCCCUCCUGCAGCUGGCCAGACAACACAAGAAGCCCUACACCUAAAGGUUGGCUUUGAGAUCAAGAUCUUCCCUCUGGAGCCCUGGGACCAACCUCAUCCUGGGAAUGCCACCAAGGCAGCUGAAGGCCUAGGUAGCUCCUCUAAGCCUGCUGAGAUGCAGACAAAGGGCUCCCAGGUCUGUGCUGACGCCCGCCGUCAUGUUUCACUCUGUGAGCUCCUGCACCAGCCUGCAUGUGGGCACCACGGGCUUCCAGCUCACUUGAUGCGUGUUCAUGGGCCUAGAUUGCCAUUGAUUUCAGCAAGCCGCCCAGUGCUUCUGAUGGCUGGGCCCCAGCUGGGUGCUGUAGCAUUUCCACAUGUGAAGACACAGUUCAGAUCUGCAAUCUACACCUCAGUAACCUCUGCCAAAGUGGCUGUGAAUGGCGUCCACCUGCACUAUCAGCGGACCGGAGAAGGGGAGCACACAGUCCUGCUACUUCCUGGGAUGCUGGGUAGUGGAGAGACUGAUUUUGGACCCCAGCUUGAGAACCUAAGUAAAGAGCUCUUCACUGUGGUCGCCUGGGAUCCUCGAGGAUAUGGACAUUCCAGGCCCCCUGAUCGAGAUUUCCCAGUGGACUUUUUUGAAAGGGAUGCGAAAGAUGCUGUUGAUUUGAUGAAGACGCUGAAGUUUCAGAAGAUCUCCCUGCUGGGGUGGAGUGAUGGCGGCAUAACGGCGCUCAUUGCUGCUGCCAAGUAUCCAUCUUACAUCAACAAGAUGGUGAUCUGGGGAGCCAACACCUACGUCACUGACACAGAAGUCAAGAUUUAUGAGGGCAUUCGAGAUGUUUCUAAAUGGAGUGAGAGAACAAGGAAGCCACUAGAAGCCCUGUACGGGUAUGACUACUUUGCCAAAACCUGUGAUAAGUGGGUGGAUGGCAUGAGACAGUUCACACAUCUACCAGAUGGUGGCAUCUGUCGGCACUUGCUGCCCCUGGUCCAGUGCCCCACCUUGAUCGUGCAUGGUGAGAAGGAUGUUCUGGUCCCGGGUUUUCAUGCCGACUUCAUACACAAGCAUGUGCGAGGGUCACGGUUGCAUCUGAUGCCAGAAGGCAAACAUAACCUGCAUUUACGCUUUGCAGAUGAAUUCAACAAGUUAGCAGAAGACUUCCUACGAUGAAACUAUCCCGGAAGCAUCUAGUCUUGGUGGCUCCUUACCAUGGGCUUGAUCAUGGUACUGUGUGUUACCUUCAUGCCUUUAAACCUCCUCCCUGUGUCACACCUCAGCUAACCUCCUUCCCAUGCUUUCUGCCCUUCCCUAUAAUCUGACAUAUUGAAAAGAGCUUAAGCUUCACUACCUACAAAAAUCAAAUCUGAUUUUUGAACAUUAAAUGGUGAAUUUCUACCAUUGUCUUAAAAAUUAAAUUCCUGCCAUAAUUUACUUUCAAAUAAAUUUCAGGUAGAUCAUU